UUAUAUUAGAGAACGGAGGAAGUGCGGUUGAAUGACGGGUGUCCAACCACGUGUCCACAAACCCUCGUAACCACAUUUUGCCGUCCAACUUUCUUGGGCCGGAUUAUCUAAAUAAAAAACUAUCUUGGGCCGGCUCUAGUUGGAGAAGCCCGGCCGUAUGUCUGAGUAGAGCCGACAGCAGAGCCGUAUAGUUGUCUCAAAAAGAAAAGAAAAGAAAAAAAAAGCAGAGCCGUAUAGCGGAGCUACCGAGAGGCAGAAGCCGAAAGCAAGUGAGCUGAGCGCAGGGGGACGGACGCGACGAUGGUGGUGGUGGCGACGGCGAGCCCCGGCGGGCCGGAGGCGCUGCAGGUGCGCGAGGUCGAGGACCUCCCGGCGCCGGGGGAGGGCGAGGUGCUUGUCGGGGUGGCCGCCGCCGGCGUCAAUCGCGGCGACACGGUCCAGUGGCAGGGCCGGUACCCGCCGGCGGCCGGCGCCUCGCCCUACCCGGGCGGUUAAUUGUUGUGGUACCUGUUGUUUUGCCUAGUACUAUUUGAGAUGGAGCAGGAGUACAUCAGCACGCUGGUACUAUUUGAGAUGAAGCUGGAGUACCACAGUUUGGAUUGCUAGCAGCAAAAGCUGUGUGCUAAAAUUAGAAGACCAAGAAGACACUAUAUCGAUAUUUAGCCUUCUCAGCGGUGCUUGUUGCAGUUUACUUGACACUAGCAACCAUCCACACGCUGGAUGAUGAUCUGGUGGUAGAAAGCUUGACGGAAGAGGAAGAGAAAAAUGCUUUGAAUGCAUAUAUGGUGUAAGCAGCACACCUUCUUUGCUCCUUCUUUGGUGGCAUAAGGCAACUAUGUUUCCUCACACUUAUCUGAAUAUAUCAGUGGUACAUUAUAUGCAAUAUUGGACCAGAUUGCAUAUACAGUGAUGUUUCUCUGACGGGCAAGCUUCAGAGUUUCAGUUCCUACUUGCCAGUUUCAUCAACGGAGCAACUCAAAGACCAUAAUUCUGGGAGUCUUGCAUUCAUUACUUCGAUUCUGCAGAACCAUGACAGUCAACCGUCAGUUUUGCUGUUGGAAUUCAGAACUUAGCUGUUGCAUCCAAAACAUAUAUCAGUAAUGGAAGCACAUGUCUUGCUGUCCUCAAGGAGCUGCACAGUUCUUCAUAGGGACAAUCUAUCCGAAAAGGCUAUUCACUGAUGCGUGCACUGGCUUCCCAGUGACUGCACAUCUCCGUGGUUCCGUUUCACAAGGCUAACAAUUUUUACCAAGUAGAGUACUGCUAAGUUUCAUUUUGUUCCAAACAGUGUGCCAAUUCACAUGGACCAAGCUUAUAUGUGGUACUUCCAACCCACAAACUAAACAGAUUUCUUAGUUCAGAUCAUACUUUUAUGUAGGAAAAGGCUAGCACGGCUCUUAAGAACCCUAACCAAUGCUGCUUUGGUUUUACAACUUUCAUUGCUUCUAACAUCCAAAUCAAAUUGUUGUUACACACAUGUUUGCUGUAUAGAUGCACUAAAAAAAAUCCUAAAUUUACUUUCUUGUAGAAUUGCAUUUUUCUGGUUGUAAAAAUAGGAUGAGCAGCAACUUUCUUGUCAACAUGAUGGCCUCCUGAAAAUAAUUUAGACCCGUCCAUCACUUAUUUAUGAACUACUUUUCAGUGUCUUCUAUCGAUGAUAAGUGAGCUACUUUUUCCUUAGAGAUCACCUUCCCAUUGACACUAACUUGUAUAGCACACAGUUUCCCUUCCCAAUGCACUCGUAAUGCAUAGAUAGUCCCUCCUAAUCAUCUUGUGUUCGUUUUCUGUCAAGAUUCAGAUCGAAUUUCUGACAUCAGAGACACGUAUUCUGUUAAUCAGGUGCUGAAGGUAAGAUCAGGACACAAAAAACAUAUUGGACUUAAUAAUUAGCAGUUCCAUUUUGAUAUACUGUGCGAAAACACUUAUUAUCCAGGAAUCUAGCUUCAUGUAAGCAUGCAAAGUUGAUUUUUUACAUCCAAUUUGACCAAUUGCAGAAAAAAUCAAUCCUCUCCACUUGAAGGUAGGUGAUGCACACAGAUUUCUUCUUACCUUGCAAGCGCCGUUGGAUGAAGACAGUAGGCAUAAUCAUGGACAAACGCAGAGAGGAGGACAUUGUUUAUUUGCGUAGGACUGUCGGGGGAUAAUUGGAUCGAGUAGGAGUUGUUACGUGGAAGAGGAGUAGCUAGCUGGGCGAUCCUUUGGCUAGGUGAUGAGGAAGAAAUUGACACGGCCGGCCGUUGUAUGGGAGCACGGCCAGAGAUGGACUUCGAUAAGGUCUGCACCCAAAUCAGAAAGUUUGGCCACCCUUAACAAUAUCCUCAUCGGACAUAACUUGGGGAAGGCGAAGGCGUACCCCCUACUAUAUAAGCUCCGCCACCCACGCCCCAAACAAAUCACAACCAACCUUCCUCAAGUCGUUUGUUCCCCCGAGCAAUCGAUCGAUCUUGCUGAGCAUCAUGGUUUCCGCCGACGUGGCCCGCAACAUCGUGGGCAUCAUUGGCAAUGUCAUCUCCUUCGGCCUCUUCCUCUCCCCUGUGCCGACGUUCUGGCGUAUCUACAAGGCCAAGGACGUGGAGGAGUUCAAGCCGGACCCCUACCUGGCGACGCUCAUGAACUGCCUGCUCUGGUUCUUCUACGGGCUCCCUAUCGUCCACCCCAACAGCACCCUCGUCCUCACCAUCAACGGCAUCGGCCUCGUCAUCGAGGGCGCCUACAUCAUCAUGUUCAUCAUCUACGCGGCCAAGAACACAAGGUGGAAGAUGCUCGGCGUGCUCGCCAUCGAGGCGGCGUUCAUGGCUGCCGUGGUGGCCGGUGUGCUCGUCGGCGCCCACACCCACGAGAAGCGCUCCAUGAUCGUAGGCAUCCUCUGCGUCAUCUUCGGCUCCAUCAUGUACGCCUCCCCGCUCACCAUCAUGGGUAAAGUGAUCAAGACCAAGAGUGUGGAGUACAUGCCAUUCUUCCUGUCGCUGGUAAACUUCCUCAACGGUCUCUGCUGGACGGGCUAUGCGCUCAUCAAGUUUGACAUCUACAUCACGAUCCCCAAUGCCCUUGGUACAAUCUUCGGCCUCGUCCAGCUGAUCCUCUACGGGUACUACUACAGAUCGACCCCCAAGAAGGGCAAGAACGUCGAACUGCCCACCGUCCUCACCAAAAACGCCGUUACCAGUGGCGACGUCUCGGUCACCAUUGAGAAAUAAGCUUGGCGUGGUUUUUAGCCCUAAAGAUUUUGAGUAGUUAAUACCGGAUGAUACUUCAACAGGUCUGAUGUUAAUUAGUAGUACUUUUUGUUAGGUAGUAGAGUCUGAGAUUGCCUUUAAUUUUGUGAACCAUUGUCGUCUGUCCGAGACUACAGUGCAAAUUGCAAGUGUAUAAUAUAAAUACCAAUGCAGCUGAGUUAUCCCAGAGAUAUAUUAUGACACCA